AUGGUGGUGGCUCCCGCCGCCGGGCGUGUUCGCUUGCGGCUGUUUCAUCUGGGCUGGACCGUAUUUGUUGGGGGCGAAAAGGCCGAGCAGCAGUUUGCGUUGCCGCGAGCUGCCAGCGGAUCUCGCCCCAGUGCCGCAGCGACCCUCCCCGAGUCAUUCGUCCGGCAUCCAGGCCCGACCGAGUACGACCAAGUGAUUGAGUUGCGGAUACUAGUAGACGGAGCACAGGCAGCAAGCAACAAGCCGGCAUCGAGGAGCAGCAAGCAGCUGCAUGCGGUCUCCGAGUCGAGCAGACAUGCGCAUGUCCGGGCCAAACAGCUGGCGGUUAUGUGCUGGCACGACAAAAAGGGACAUGGAUACGGACCUUUGCAUGCCAGCCACGAUACCUUCAACAUCGCAGUUGAACCUAUCGAACCCCUGCUCGCAGAGCUUGGCGUUGCGACGCUCCAAGUCAUCGAUGACCAGAACAGGGUGGACGUCUUGCCAUUAUGCAGUACAGUUCGCAUUGCGUUGCCAUCUCCAUUCCAGUAG